ACAUGGGAGUGUUUUCCUUCCACUCAGCCGACACAGUAACCCGUGGACUGCACUGCCUCACCACAGCCACUGUGAAAUAACUACUAAAUAAGCGCCUCUCAGUCUUUACAAAGUGUUGCACGCGGGAGAGAAGAAGAGGAAGAUGCGAAGUGUCUCUGCUUUGUGAUGACCUUGUUUCAUUUCCUGCCACUUCGGCAUGGAGACAGCGCUGUCGGUAUUCGCCAAACCUCCCCGCACCGUCUGGUCUGAACCAGUUCGGGAUGUGCGCGGUCUCGUGCGCACUGCAGACUCCACGCACUGAUUCACACAGCACUCCGCGUGCCCUCGUCGGGCUCCGUUUAGACCCCGCCCUCAAACUGGCUUUGGUCGCUCUCAUUGGUCACAACGCCGGGGACCCGCCCACACUUUCCGCGUGCUGUUUGGACAAUGAGGAAGUUGACGAGUUGUGAUUGGCUAACGCCCCUCCAAAACUUUUAUUUUGGGGCAGGCCCCGUUUGCUGUGCACGGGCACGCGGAGAAGUGGAGUUGUAAACGAAGCGCGUGCACUUUUCAGCACCAAUACCUCAUGGACAGCAGCCAAACGGAGGAGAGAGGGUAGUCGUUGUGGGUUAGCUGUUUAUUGUCAUAAACCGAAGACCUAGCGGUUAACAACGCCAUACAGCGGCUGCGAUAGCGGGAAAACUUUAUUGGUAGUUUAGCGUCGGCAGGUGGACGAUAUAAAGCGGCGCAGCGUGGGCUUUGUUCGCCCCGGCGGGCAAAUAGUGCCGAGAGCUGGAUAUCGGUUGGGAGAGACAAGUUUCAGUGGGUCAACGUACCGUUAUUUUCCUCUCCCCGGUGUCGAAUUUGCGCGGUCUGGGUUCAACGAACUGCACCCUGGGAAGACUAAAUGGCUGCAAAUGAAGGGAAACAAAGGUGAUACAGAAGAUUUUUCAUCAGCAGGUUCGGUCCACACAACGGUUGAGCCGUGGUCGUGUUUUUAGCCACAUCACAGCCUGCUCGUGCUGCUAGCCGCCGAGGUCUCCAUUGUGUGAGCAUCUGUGCGCUACUGCACUGCCGCCCGACCGACCCCCGGAUCAUUCGCUGCCACCACACACCUGCCGCCUCCCACACAGUGUGUUUUCAUCCGGAUUUUUCUUUUUCUUUUUUAACUUUUGUUUGAAUCCCACGCAUACAAAAUGUGCUCACGGGUUUGGUUCGUGACCGACCGGCGUAUCAGCCAGGAGUACCCACAAGUCCAGAUCCUCCGGGCACUGAAGGAGCGCUGUGCCGACGAGGAUGUUGAAUUCCGCUCUCUGCUCAUGGAUCAAAUCGUGCUAACGAUCAGCGAGGGACAACUAGGUCUGCGAGUGGAGCAGGAAUUGGUGACAUCUUAUCCACAAGUGGUGGUGGUACGGGUUCCCACGCCCUGGGUGCAGUCAGACAGUGACAUCACUGUGCUGCGCCACCUGGAGAAGAUGGGCUGUCGGCUGAUCAACCGUCCCCAGGCCAUACUCAACUGCGUCAACAAGUUCUGGACCUUUCAGGAGCUGGCCGGCCAUGGCGUGCCUCUUCCUGACACCUUCUCCUACGGCGGGCAUGACAACUUCCGUAAGAUGAUUGACGAGGCAGAGCCACUGGGCUACCCUGUGGUGGUGAAGAAUGCACGCGGCCACAGAGGCAAGGCUGUGUUCCUGGCACGGGACAAACACCACCUGACAGACCUGUGCCACUUGAUCCGCCACGAUACCCCCUACCUGUUUCAGGAGUAUGUCAAGGAGUCGCACGGCCGGGAUGUGCGGGUGGUCCUGGUGGGCGGCCGUGUCAUCGGCUCGAUGCUACGCUGCUCCACUGAUGGUCGCAUGCAAAGCAACUGCUCCCUGGGUGGCGUGGGUAUGAUGUGCCCACUGAGUGAGCAGGGAAAGCAGCUGGCCAUCGAGGUGUCUAACAUCCUCGGCAUGGAUGUGUGCGGCAUCGACCUGCUACAGCUCAACGAUGGCUCGUUUGUGGUCUGCGAGGCCAACGCCAACGUGGGCUUUAUAGCCUUCGACCAGGCCUGUGGCAUGGACGUGGCAGGCAUCGUCGCCGACUACGCCCUGUCGAUGCUCCCCAGCCGCCUCACCCGCAAGAUGUCCCUGCUGUCCGUUGUUUCUAGCACCAGCGAGACCAGCAGCGAGCCCGAGGUGUGCUCCGUGCCCACCGGCGGCGGCUCGCUGCCUGAGGCCGUCUGCAACAUGAGCGUGGGCUCCACUUCCAGCGAGAGCGACCCAGAGCUGGCCGAGCCCUCCCAGUCCUCGCCCCUCCAGUCCACAGCCCCCACCCUGCCAGACCUCCCAGAUCUCCCCGAUCCAGCUUACAACUUCAACACCCUCCUUGCCAAUGAGAUCAAAUUAUUGACUGAGUAAGAUCCAAACAGCUUCAUGCACACACACCAACACCACAAACACAGAGUAAAGACACGCAUACACACACCUGUACGCAUGGCAACAGACAUUCCUUUUAAAGACACAUAUCAAUCCAAAAACGAUUAAAACACAGGAUGUUAACUGCAAAGCAGAGCAGAGAAAAACACACAGACACACAAUAGAAAUACAAACACCAAAACAUGAGCCUUCUCCUACUAACUCCCUUCGACGAUAACAAAGAUCUGAGGCUGCUCCCCUGACUCUCCUCGCUUUGCACCUCUAUUCCCAAACUGCAAACCCCACUAUCCAAACUUUGCUUACACUGCUGCAUGAUGGUGACAGUGGGUACAUAAGGUAACUGCCAAACUGGCCUCUCCUAGUUUCUAUUUUGCAAAAUAGUGAGGUUGAAGGUGAUUAUGUUUUUUGGGGUGGGUGUGGGAUUCCCAUAAAGGCAUACACCUGCCAUAUUUAUAUCCUUAUAUAAUUUAAGGAAUAAUCUACAGUAUGUUGUCAUAAAAAGGGUUUGCUUCUUAGACUGUUUUGUGGAUUGGAGGCGAAAUGAAGUGGGUUUUUUUCUCAAAUGAUUAGCUCCUUGCAAGAGGAGUAAAAUUAUACUGAUGUAAGUAGAAAUAACAAGUAGCAGUUCUGUUUAUGAGUCACAACCUGGAAUAUAAGAAUUAAUUGAGUGCCAUGACUCGAUUUUUUUAAUUUUACAUUCCUAGAUAGAUAGCUCAUUUGAUUAGCCUUACCAGCAGCAGCAGCAGCAGUCUGCUGCUUUUUAAAAUUCAUUCAAUGUCUUGCACUUUAUGAUGAACAGAUGCAUUUUUUUUUUUUAACCGCUCAGAUGACAUUUAGGAAACACAAGACAGAGUGUGAACGCUGCGUUUACACCUGCAAACAAAAUAUACCUCAAAACAGUGACUUCUCACUGCCAUAGGAUGACAUAGAUUUUCAGACCUACAGUACAUAUCAGCCAGGAUCCUUGUGGUUUGCAAAUGGCCCCUGAUAUACCAGGUGUUCCUUCCCUUUAUGUCGAAGAGCGAAAAAGGUAGUUGUGUAUUCUUUUUUAUUUCUUUUUUUAUUUUGUAAAUAUUUAGGUAGUGAAUUCAGUACAUACUAGUACCCAGUUGAUGAAACUGGAACGGCUGACAUAACUGCCAACAUUAAAUUUUUCAUAAGCUAUUGUGGACAAACUUGUUUGUACAGACCUGCAAUAUGAAAGGUUGAAAUUUGGUGCUAAAAAUUUCUGGAUUUGGUUAGAUGUGUUUUCUCAGUCGUAUGAUUUGUAGACUUUAAUUUUGUUGUUUUCACCUUGUUUUUUGAUAACUGAAGUAUCCUAACCCGCAAAAUAUGUUGGCAUGAUGUACAAAUAAAAACAUGGGAACUAUAUUUUUGCAGUCUCUUUGAACAGAAUGUUACUUUUUCUCUUCUUAGAAAAGAAAGGAAAAAAAAUCCAGGGAUUUCAGUGGCCAAGAGCGUUUUGCUUACGGUUUUUGUUCCUGUUGAUUUACCUCCUUUACGCCUUCUGAAAUCAACAUAGAGUUAGAAUAAUUUACAGCUCCGAUCAAAAGCACAAUGUAAACCCUAAGUUGUUCGACGUAGCGACGUCCAUGUGUUUUGACUCAUAGCCCUUUCUGUUGAACACAACUCAGGGAAGCAGCCUGGAUCUCACCCCUGACCCCCAAAGGCACGACAUAUCCAUCUGAGCUAGAGACAUGUCAGAAACAUAACACAUAACCCACAGGCAGACAAAAAGAUACACAAACAACAACGAAAAAAAGGUUGUAAACUACAGUAUAAGACAAUGUGGUGUAUACCAUGGUUAACAUGCACUUUUUUUCCUUGCUUGUUUUAUAUUGUUCCUUGUUUUCUUCCUAAUUUAUGGUAUUUUAAAGAGAAAAAAAGUGGUUUGUGUGCACUAAUAUUGUCUCAAUAAAGUGAAACCGCUGUGAAGCUUGAUUUUAUUUUCCUUUAUUGUGGGCCUGAAAUUUACUAACUGCCUGGAAUCUAACAGGGGCCUGCCGAGGGUGCCAAAUCUAAACCCGCCAGACAACAGGAAAGGCAGCUUCUAUUUAAAGUCUGCCGUCAAGUGAUCACAGUGGCUCCACUAAGAGAAUAACACCAUUUUCACUGCUGUGAUGUUGUCCGGUAUCUAUAUAAUGAAAGUAUCUGACAAACAAACUGUGAAGUCCGCUCAUGUCCACUCUCCUGACAUGCCGGGGCCGGUGGGCUUGAUUACCAACGAGUCACAUCCCAACAUAAAAGCUUAUAUGAGUGAACUAUCUCCAGUUGUUGUUGUCCCCCCCUUUUUUUUAAAGUCUUUGUACUGAAGCCUGUGUCAUUCUACAUUGUGUACGUAAAUGUAAAUCAAAGA